UUAUGUCACAUACAGAAUAAUCAGAAAUGCAUCCUGGAAUGCAAAUGAUGGAUAUGAGAAUGUAUAUGAUUAUAAAUUGGGAUUAUAAAGUUAGAUUUGUUUUCAAUACGUAAAUGUUUAAUUAAUUAUUUUUAGUUGGAAAUCAACUACAUAAGGUGAAUUUGUUGGUGGACUAUUCAUAACAAUGUUUUUCUGUGUUUUUUUAUGUUUACUUCCAGUUCUCAAAGGAUUUGCAGAAAGAUAGAAGUAUGGAUUUAUAUGAUUAGAUCUCUAUUUUUAAAGAUUGUAUGGUAAUUAUUAGCUGCAACAUAGUCUUCAAUAACAAUGUUUUUAUUGAUGACAGUGAAUGGUAAUUAUUAAUGAAAACAAUAAAGGUUGGGUUUUCUUGGCAAUGGCUCUUGGUUUUGGAAUAGGAAAUUUUAUAUUCUAUCCUUAAAUGCCAAUUAGCUAAAAACAUUAAAGAGAAGAUGAUCAGAAGGUCCUAAAUAGAUGAAA